GAAAGUAAAAAAUAAUUAAAUUAAUUCAUUUGUUUAAUUUGAUAUCAAAAUUUCUAGUAAAAAUUCAUGAGAUAAAAUUUUUAUAGAAUAAAUUUAAAAAAAAAAAGAGUAAAAGAAUUUAUAAAAAAUGUAUUCGACCCAAUGUCCAGCCGAACCUUGCGAUGGACCGAAACCUGAGGAUAAUAAAAAUAAACCAUCAAAGGAAAAUGAAAGAUUAGAUCGCUUAGAAAAAGAGGUGGGAAUUCUACGUACGGAUGUUGAUAAAAUAAAGUGGGAGCAAGCCGUCGCCGAGGCAGCAAUAGGUCGCGCUAUUAUCCGCGGUUCAGCGUCAUUAGGCUGUUUUGGGUUUUUACUUCCUCAGCAACAAGAAUCUCUUCAGGGCAAUAAAAAUUUAAUGAUUGAAGACCCCCGUAAUGUAUUAAAUCAAAAAUUUAAAACUAAUCAACAAAAUAAUAUUACGUCAGGGCACGAUAAAUAUAAAUCAUGUGAUCCAUGUCCGGAAAAUAAAAAAAAUAUAAAAGACGAUGAUUUUUUUACAUUUGGAUAAUUUUUUUUUUUUUUUUUUCAAUCAUACGAGACUUGUAAUUAUGAUUUUAAAAAUAAAAUAAUAAUAAUAAUAGCGGGAAAAUAAAAUUAUUUAACCAUUUAUUAAAUAUAUUACGUGUGAGGGAUAUUUAUUGAACGUGCAAUUAUUUUCGAUAGCGAGUUAAUUAAUAGACGUUAAAUAUUGUGCGAUAACGAGAGACUGAGUGAGUGAGUGAGCUAAAGCCUGGGAUUUAAUUACAAGUACCAAUACAUAUAUACAUAAGCUUAUUGAUGCUUUAAUAUAUAUUAUAUUACCUAUGGUAUUAUUUUAAAAAUUACCGAACCGCGGAAUGACUCUUGAUGUUUAUUUGUAUUUAAUUUAAUAAAUAACUAAGUGUUAUAUUUCUAUUGAUGUUUUUAUUGUACGCUGUAAUUUAUUAUUUAUUGUGAUUAAAUUAAAUGGAAAUUAAU